GUAACCACACCUCCCCACCAAUUGAGUGCACAUUUUAAUUACUUUCUGAUGCAUCCUUUUCUUUCAAUAAAAAAAUACUACUAACAAGCAAAAGAAGGGAUAUAUACUGUAGUGAAGGAAAGGAAGCAAUAAAGUAAGAGAAUAGAAGGUAUAGAGUGUGAAAUGGAAGUAAGUAUUAAUGGCAAAGAGUAUGGUGGCAGAUGCACAUUGAAGAAUUGCAAUUAAAGAGGGAUUGUUUUUAGUUGGGUAGGUUUGAAAGCUUUCAAUAUGCUUUCAACUAAUUUCUCUCUUCCCUUACCUCAUAAAUUUUAUCUCCUUCAUUGCUUCAACUUUUGUGCAUUCUUGAAAUAUUUGAAAUGAAAAUUAAAGCUUCAUCAUCAUGUAUGUACCAUUAAUAUACAUGAAUCAAAUGCAAGAAGCAAUCAUGAUUUUGAUGCUGAAGGUCCAACAGGGUCUCUGAGCAGCUACCAGCUUAAUUAACCCCAACCACCACCCUCUCCUCACCAUUAAUACUUAGAGAGAGAGAUUUUAACUUGCCUCACUAAGUCCUUUUCCAACUUCCUUUAACUUAGGUGGUGUUAGUGUUUAGGUAUGGUAAAUGGAAAUGUUUCAUGAAACUGAGAUUUACUUCAUGCUGUUUGCAUUGCUAGUAAUGGUUCUCUAGCUCUUGUUUUUUCUUUUACCUAUUUUCUUAUCUUGGUGCUGAAAAGAGAAAUGGGCACUCUUGGGAUGAAGAGAUCCAAGUUUUCCUGCUCCUCUUCUCUUAAUCACCACCAUCUUCUCCUUCUUCUUUUGGGUUUCUUGUUCUCUCUCCUUCAAACGGUUGCAGUUGAAUCCACCACCCUAAACUUCACAAGGUACAGGCAAGUCAGUAGCCUCAGACUCCAGAGAAUUCAGAAGCACUUGGACAAGAUUAACAAGACCCCUGUCCUCACCAUACAGAGUCCAGACGGUGAUCUCAUAGACUGUGUUGACAAAAGAAAGCAACCAGCUCUAGAUCACCCCCUUCUAAAAAAUCACAAGAUCCAGAAGAUGCCAACGGAGAUGCCAAGGGGGAUGAAUAUUAAUGUGAAUGGGAUGAAGGAUAGUGUGAGUGGCGGCGCGUGGCAAACAUGGCACCAAAAUGGGACACGUUGUCCUAAGGGAACUGUUCCGGUGCGGCGGAGCACAGUGCAUGAUGUGCUGAGAGCAAAGUCUUUGUAUAAGUUUGGGAAGAAACAGCGACGGUUAUCACCUCUCUCCCGCCGCGUCGACGCUCCCGAUGUUGUCAGUGGCAAUGGCCAUGAGCAUGCAAUUGCGUACACAGGAUCACCAGAAGAAGUGUAUGGGGCAAAGGCGACAAUAAACGUGUGGGAUCCAUCAAUCGAAGUGGUCAACGAGUUCAGCCUCUCACAAAUUUGGAUUCUUUCUGGAUCCUUUGAUGGCUCUGAUCUCAAUAGCAUUGAAGCUGGAUGGCAGGUCAGUCCGGAGCUUUAUGGUGACAGCAAGCCCAGAUUAUUCACUUAUUGGACGAGUGACUCAUAUCAAGCAACAGGAUGCUACAACCUUCUCUGUGCUGGUUUUGUGCAAACAAAUAACAGGAUAGCAAUUGGAGCUGCCAUUUCUCCUAUCUCUUCUUAUGAUGCCAGCCAAUUCGACAUUACCAUCCUCAUUUGGAAGGACCCCAAGAUAGGGAAUUGGUGGAUGAGUUUUGGUGACGGCGCAUUGGUAGGGUAUUGGCCGACAGAGUUGUUCACACACUUAGCCACCCACGCCACCAUGGUGGAGUGGGGUGGCGAGGUAGUGAACACGCAUGUCACCGGCCAACACACCUCCACCCAAAUGGGCUCAGGCCACUUCGCCGAUGAUGGCUUUGGAAAAGCAAGUUACUUCCGGAACCUUGAGAUCGUAGACACAGAUAAUAGUCUCAGCUCUGUGAACAACAUCUUAACCUUAGCUGAGAACACAAACUGUUACAACAUCAAAAGCUCCAGCAACAACAAAUGGGGCACGUAUUUCUACUAUGGUGGUCCUGGCAACAAUCCUCAAUGCCCAUGAUGAUGAUUUAGUCAUAUUCCAGCGUUUAUAUAUAUAGUAUAAUUUCGAAUUAGUGUCUUGUUGCAUUCUUUGCUUAAUUGUACGUAAAUAUAGAAUUAUUAUUGGGCCA